AUGGAUACUAGUUGGAUUGAUUUACGCAAUGGGGAUCCUGCUUAUUAUAAUGGUUGCAUGAAAUUCAUUGAACUUGCAAAGGAGACUCUUAUUCAUGGAAAAACCCGAUGCCCGUGUAAUAAGUGCAAGUUAAAUAAAUGGCAUUCCGUAGAAGAUGUUGGAGGACAUAUUUUGUUAAACGGUUUCCUUAAGAAAUAUAGAAAAUGGGUUUUCCAUUGUAGAGUCGAUGAAGGGAGAAAUACCUUUGAAACCCCUAGUGAUUUAGGAAAUGCAGUAGGUCAAGAUGACAUGGGGGGAUUGCUAAGAGAAGCCUUUGGUGUUGACAAUUCAGAGUCUGAUAAUGAAUCCCAAGACAUGCACGAAAAUGAAGGUUUAUUUGACAUGCACAAAGAGUUUAAUUUUCAUUGUGAGGUAAAUAAUGAACUUCCAUCAAGUAACUCUAGUGAAGAAGAUGUUAAGUAUAAACGACUAAGGGAGGCUGCCGAUGACGGUCUAUACGAGGGAUGCACUACUUUCUCAAAGUUAUCCUUUAUUUUACACUUGUUUCACCUUAAGUGUAUGUUCCACUGGUCUGCAGAGUCACUUACUAAAUUGCUUGAACUUCUAAUAGACGCAUUUCAAAUUAAGGAGUUUCCAUCGUCUUAUUAUGAGGGAAAGAAGAUAGUGAACGAUUUGGGGUUAGGAUAUGAGAAAAUUGAUGCAUGUCCAAAUAAUUGCAUUUUAUAUUGGGGUGUAUUUGCAGAAAAAGAUGAGUGUCAUGUUUGCCAUACAUCAAGGUGGAAAACAGUGAAAGAAAAGGAGAAUAAUAAAGGUGAGAAAGGAAAAGAAAUAUGUAAGAAGGGCGAGCCAGCUAAAGUAAUGCGAUAUUUUCCUCUUAUACCUAGGCUAAAGAGACUUUACAUGUCAUCUAAAACAGCUGAGGAUAUGAGAUGGCAUUUUGUCCAUGAAGAUGAUAAGAUCUUAAGGCACCCGUCGGAUGGUGAGGCUUGGAAAAGUUUUGAUAAAAGAUAUGUAGAAUUCGCCGAAGAUCCUCGUAGUGUUAGAUUAGGUCUAGCUAGUGAUGGUUUCAAUCCAUAUCGUCUAAUGAAUACCAAUUAUAGUACAUGGCCGGUGAUUUUGAUUCCUUAUAAUUUGCCACCGUGGCUGUGUAUGAAGCCGUCAUCAUUCAUUUUGUCCUUGCUUAUUCCCGGUAAACAUAGUCAUGGGAUAGAUAUUGAUGUGUAUUUGCAACCAUUAGUCCACGAGUUAAAGUUAUUGUGGGAAGGUGUAGAUGCCUAUGAUGCGCAUAGUGGAAAUAAAUUUAAGAUGCGAGCAACCUUACAUUCCACUAUAAACGACUUUCCGGCAUAUGCUAUGUUGUCCGGUUGGAGUACAAGAGGUUAUAAAGCUUGCCCUACAUGUGCCCAUGAUACUAGUUCAUAUUGGUUUGGCGGAAAAAUGUGCUACCCAGGGCAUCGAAAAUGGUUGCCAAUUGAUCAUCCUUAUCGUUCUCAAGGUCAUUUAUUUGACGGGACAAAUGAAUAUGGUAUUGCUCCGGUCCCUGCAAGCGGGACAGACAUUUUGGAGGAAUUAGAUAAGGUUAAGUAUGUUUAUGGACAGUCAAAGGAAAAAUCUAAGAAAAAUUCUAAGAAAAGAAAGAGACAACAAGGUGAAACUUCUCAUGAUGAGCCGGAUGAUGGUGAUGGUGGUGAAGAGGAAGCCAAUAGAGUUAUUUGGAAAAACAAAAGUCUAUUCUUUGAGUUGGAAUAUUGGAAACAUAAUCCGCUAAGACAUAAUUUAGAUGUUAUGCACAUCGAAAAGAACGUGUGUGACAAUGUGAUAGCAACUCUUUUGGAUAUGGAUAAAAGUAGAGAUGAUAAGCAAGCAAGACAGGCUCUCGAAGAAAAAAAUAUAAAAUCUCAUCUUUGGCCAAAAUCUCAUCCUAAUCGUGUUAAUGACUAUUUGCCUCCCGCUAAAUACACCAUGUCUACAGAAGAGAAAGAACGCUUUUUAAUGGUCAUAGAAAAGCUUAAAGUUCCCGAUGGAUACGGGUCUAAUUUUCAAAGAUGCGUGAAUAUGAAGCAACGUAAACUUAUAAAUUUGAAAAGCCAUGACAAUCAUAUUCUAAUGCAAGAUCUUCUUCCUGUUGCUUUAAGAGCAUCGAAUGCCACAAAAGUUAUUGACUUGAUUGAGGAGUUGUCCGACUUUUUCAAGAAGAUUUGUUCGACCACUAUUCAUUCUGAUGACUUAGAUAAUAUUCAGUCAAAACUUAUUUUAACUCUUUGUGAGAUGGAGAAAGAGUUUACCAAUAUUCUUCACAAUCAUGGUUCAUCUACUAAUUCAUCUGGUGGAUGA